AAAGGUCGUUCUUUCUUGCGAAAAAUCCGACAAAACACCUGGAUUUGAUCCUUGCCCUUUAGAAGCUCUCUAAAAGCUACAAAUUGAGUGAAAGUCAUAAAUAUUUAACGGAAUGAGACUCCAGGUUUACAUUAGAAUGGAAACACUCCAGAGUUAGAAUUCCCUUUUAAUUAUUCAUAGUACUUGUAAGCUUGAAUUCGUCUGUUGAAACGAGGCGAAACCAAAUAGUUGGUCCAUUUUCCCGCCAUGGCAAGUUGGUGGAACAUAUUUCUGCGGAUCCUGAUAUUCCUGGGAUCCUUGCACAUGUGUUGGAGUGAUUGCGGUGGACAUGAGGUAUUCAAUGCCAUGAGCUCGAUUUUCAAUUGGAACAAAGGUCUUUUGAUCAUUGGCAGGAUGAAUGCUCACUUCCGCAGUUUAAGCUUUUACGGCCAAGUUCGUGAACACUUGGACGACGUAGAAGCCGCUCAGUGGUCGUCAAAUAACAUUCUGAUUUGCCCACAGCAUUUGAAUCAAAAUGCUCUUUUAUCGAUUAUGGAAAAGCAUUUCAAAAUUGGAACAGUGUACAUGGUUAUGUUGAUUGACACCAAUUUUAGUUUAUUCUUGAAGAUCGCUCCUCGCAUCAAUCAGCAGAUCUACUUUUUUGACCCCGUCACCAAUUUGGUCAAAGAGUCUUUUGUUGUGAAUGGUGUCAAACAAGAAAAUGUCCUUUUCUGGUGGAACAAGGAUCGCAAGAGACUUGAUCGGAUCUCAAAGGUGUCCUUUCUUCAAAGGAGGUCCAGCUUUCAAGGCCAAAACCUGGUUGUUUUGACCGAGCGGCAUUUGCCAUGGGUAAACUUUUUGGACACGGAUCUGCGAGCUGCUAAUAUCAAAGUAUCGCCGUCUGGGGAUGUGUGGUACUCUAUAGAUCAUUCCAAAGUCAGGGGAUAUUUCAAGACCAUUUUCCUGGACAUUCUGGGAUCGCAAAUGAACUUUUCCACGUCGCUCUAUGUUCGGAAAGACCGGAAAUGGGGCUCCAAAACUCGGUCUGGCCAAUGGACUGGCAUAUUUUCCUCCUUGAUCAAACGCGAGGCGGACAUCGGAAUGGCAGCUUUAACAAUCAAUCCAAGUCGCUUUGAGGUGGCCGAUUUCCUGAUUCCGUUGGGCACGGAGACCUAUGGGAUCUUCAUUCGGCGGAUAGGCCGUGAAGAAUGGUCCUGGCAGAGCUACCUGAAACCCUUUCAAGACUAUCUGUGGAUUGGGCUGGUGCUUCACGUGAUCGUGGUGGCCUUGGUGAUCCAGUUUUUGGGUUUGGUUCUGAGGGGGACCAAUCGACCCCUCAAGAAAUGGAUCAACGAGUACUGGGAAUCAUGCUGGAUGGUCUUUGGCUCCUACUUUGGUCGAAGGCCCCCUGAGACCGGGGGGAAAUUUGAAUCGAGUCAAAAGUACUUGCUAUUUGGAAUCUGUUUAGGUGGAAAUGUUAUUUUCAUGGCUUACCGCGCCUCUCUGACCUCGGAGUUAUCUAUUCGACGAACCCAGUUGCCAUUUUCCACCAUGGAGGAGUUCUUGAAAUCCGAUUUCAAGCUAUCCCUGCCCAGUUAUUAUGAUUUAUACCAAGAAAUUUUCAGUGCAGCUCCGCCCAAUUCAAUUUUUAAUCAGGUCUACCAAGCCAAAGUGGUCGGGAAAGAAGAUGCAUUCUUUGAUAGUGAAUCUGACGGGUUGGAUAAACUAAUGGUUGAACCUGAUUCAGGGGUGUUCUACAACGUCGAAUCUUUUGCCGACUACAAGAUGUAUCAAUGCCAGAUUGUGGCCCCCUGGGUGACUUUAUUUCCGGAUUUGCUCAGUGUGGCUUUUCCCAAAGAUUCUGUAUUUUUCCCAUUCAUCCAGUACCAAACUAUGCGGCUCUUGGAUCAAGGCACCUCCUCCCGAGCCUUGAAGGCCAUUCUCAGGGAUGUGAGUGGGACGUGUGAGGUGCAACAACAAUCUGGACUGGGUCUGCAUAAACUAGUCAGUCUCUUUGGAUUGUUGACAUUCGCCGCUGUGCUCUCGAUUGCAAUUUUGAUCCUGGAACGAGCGGCCUAUUGGACCACUUUCGUCCCUCCUGAAACAGUUAUCAUCCAAAGUUGGCAACUAUCAGAUGGCCCAAUGGAGACAAACGCGGAGAUUGAUUGGCUAAUUCAAGAAUUCAAAAUUGAAGACAAGGCGACGUUUACAAAUCGUCUUUAUUGCAUUUUGUAUUCGAAUAAAGCCCAAUCUAUUUAAAGGAAAGCAAUUAUGGCUUUUGUAUUUCCGAGGUACACUUGAACCGAUGUACGUAAUUGUUUUCAAUAAUUGCCUUGUCCCAUGAAGGAAAAGCCAAGUGUGAUAUUGGAGACAUUUCUUGGAGUGGGCUAAAACCAAUAUCUGGCUUCAACCAAAGCAACACCGAAAGAAAAAAAAACUGGCCAACCAUAUCAUUAAUCAUCAAGGCUUUUUCUCCAGCCAAGUGGCGCCCGUAUUCUCAGUGUAUUUCAGAAUUUCAUAGAUAACACAUUAGAACCCCGAAC